GACGCAAAAGUGGACGACCAUUCUGUUUAGGUAUUCCCCGGUGUCAGUGAGUUGUUGUUCGGCGCAUAGUUCACACGGCAUUUCAAACAUACCUCGACUAACUUAGUUGAGGGUUCGUGUUCCUUUUUAUUUAUUUAAUUUUUUCGUUUCUUAAGUUCAUUUAAUUUUUACCUUUUAAAGAAUUUAUAAAUUAUUUAUAAUGGAUUCUUCUGAGGAUGGAAAACCGAAUCCAGCAUUUAUUAAUGAUGAAGGCAGUAAACUUGAUUUGCGAAUACUUGAACAAGGAUUAUCACCAAAAGUUGAUUACGAACUCGAUAAUGUUGAUCUCGAACCAAAUAAAGCUACACCUCCGCAAAUGGUAACAGAAGGAAAAGAAAGACCUACAUGGAAUAAUGGAAUAGAAUUUUUAAUGUCAUGUAUCGCAAUGUCCAUCGGACUAGGAAAUAUUUGGCGGUUCCCAUUUACGGCAUAUGAAAAUGGUGGUGGAGCAUUUUUAAUACCAUACAUAAUAGUAUUAUUUCUUGUCGGCAAGCCAUUUUAUUAUCUUGAAAUGAUAAUGGGACAAUUCACAAGUAGAUCGUCUGUUAAAAUAUGGGCUGCUGUACCAGGAUUUCAUGGUGUCGGAUGGGCUCAAAUGUUUUCAAUGUUAUCCGUUGGAACUUAUUACUGUUCAUUAAUGUCAGUAACACUAGCUUACUUAUUUGCAAGCUUUAGCUCAGAGCUGCCGUGGGCUACUUGUCAACCUGACUGGGGUAAUAAUUGCGUUGAUUCACAAAAGAAAGAAGGAAGUAAUAUAACUGUACAAUCUUUGGUUAAUAUGACCAACAUGAAAAGCUCAGCUGAACUCUAUUUUACGAAAUCAGUUUUGAAAGAAAAAGAUAAUAUUGAUGAUGGAAUUGGCUGGCCAGAUUGGAAGUUGACACUCUGUUUAUUAGCCUCGUGGUUAUGUAUUUUUGGGGUGCUAGUGCGUGGAGUUAAAAGCUCUGGAAAAGCAGCAUAUUUUUUAGCACUAUUCCCCUACGUUAUUAUGAUUGCGCUUCUUGUACGAGCAGUAACACUAGAAGGAGCUGUUGAUGGAAUUAUUUUCUUCAUAAAACCAAAUUGGGCUAAACUGUUUGAUCCCAGUGUCUGGUAUGCUGCUGUCACUCAAUGUUUCUUCUCUCUAUCAGUUUGUUUUGGUGGCGUCGUCAUGUAUUCAUCUUAUAAUGAAUUUAAUCAUAAUAUUUAUCGAGAUGUUAUGGUUGUUACGACACUUGAUACAUUUACAAGCCUUCUUGCUGGGAUUACAAUUUUUGGAAUUCUUGGUAAUCUCGCUCAUGAACUCGGUGUAGAAGAUAUAAGUAGUGUUGUCAAAGGUGGUACAGGUCUUGCAUUUAUUUCUUAUCCUGACGCAAUUGCAAAAUUCACUGUUUUGCCACAGCUGUUUUCGUUUUUAUUCUUCUUGAUGCUGUACGUAUUAGGAAUUGGUAGUGGAAUCGCCCUUGCUGGUGGUAUUAUCAGUAUUAUUAGCGAUCAAUUUCCUCAAUUGAAGUAUUGGAAAGUCGUUGUGGGUGUAUGUAUCUUCGGAAUGUGUGUUGGAAGUGUUUACUGUACGCCGGGAGGACAAUUUAUUUUGAAUCUGGUUGACUAUUAUGCGGCAUCGUUUAUUGUAUUUACAUUUGCAUUUUUUGAAAUAACUGGAAUAUUCUGGGUUUAUGGACUUGAAAAUAUCCUAGAUGACAUUGAAUUCAUGAUAAAAAAAAGACCGUCUGUUUAUUGGAGACUUUGUUGGGGUGUAAUUACUCCAGUAUUACUUGGAAUAAUAUUUGUAUAUAGUUUAAUUGAUCGUAAACCUCUUGAAUAUGGUCAUAUUCUUUAUCCUGACUCCGCUUAUGCCAUUGGUUGGUCACUUUUGGCAUUUGGUGUUCUUCAGUUGCCGUUUUGGAUGAUUUACGCAAUGAUGACAAAAAGAGAUUUAGGAAUUUUUAAGAUGAUUUCAAGUGUAUUUAAACCUUCGGACGAUUGGGGCCCAGAAAAUCCAACGCUUUAUUCUGAAUGGAGACAAUUCAAAGAAACUCUAAGAAAGAAAAAAGAAACACGAACAAGCUCGCAUUUUAAGCAAGUUAUUUAUACUCUUUUUAAUCAAGAAGAAAAAUUGUCAUAAUAGAUUUCAAUGAAGUCAUGGAAACCAUUUUAAAAGAGUAAAGAUGGUUAUGGCAACUACUGUAAAUAAAACUUUAUUACUAUGUUAUAGCUUAGUAAUUUUUGAUAGUAUUUUUAUGAAUACAGAUGAAAGAAAAUUACGCAAACAAAAAUAUCUCAGCAUCGAUAAAAUAUCACUGAUGCGUAAUAUCAUCAUUCGCUAGUUGAGAUAUACAUUUUGGACUGAUAAUUUUGUAAAUAAUUUGAUAAAUUGGUAAUUUUAAUGGUAUUUUAUCUUAGUAAGAUUAUAGUCUUCAGUAUUAUUAAUUGCAAGAAUGAUAAAGCAGAUAAAUUCUGUGAUUUUUAUAUUAGCGGCAACUUAUUUGUUUAUCAAAUAGUGUAACCAUUAUUUUAACUUCAAUACCUAGAGUUUUUUGGCUUUAAUAAUUAUUCAUUUAUUAAUAAAAUGAACCAAAGUAAAGU